AUGUUGGGAUCGGGUGACGGUAGCCACAUUGUUAAACUUCGUGGUUUGCCUUUCUCCACGACUACUGAAGAUGUCCUAGACUUUCUAAGCGGUGUUAAUGUAAUUAAUGGAAAAGAAGGUGUCCAUUUAACUGAAGUGCACCCAGGAAGGCCAUCCGGAGAAUGUUUUGUAGAAGUGCAGAGUCAGGAAGACGUGGAAGAAGCUCUGAAAAAGGAUAAAGAAAACAUGGGCAAAAGAUAUAUUGAAGUAUUCUCUACUGAUCGUCAAGAUAUGGAAUGGGCUUUGAACGCCAUGCGCCAAACAGAAAAUGGUUUUGAUAGUAUUCCCAAUGAUGUAUCUGAUGAUGUUGGCAUUGUCAAAUUGAGGGGUUUGCCUUUUGGCUGCUCUAAAGAAGAAAUUGUUCAAUUUUUUGAUGGGUUGUCGGUGGCUCCCGAGGGGGUCAACUUGCUAUCGGACCACACGGGGCGGGCCUCGGGCGAGGCGUUUGUAUACUUCGUUGACAAGCAGAGCGCUCAGGACGCUCUGGAGAGGGACAGGGAGAAAAUAGGACACAGAUACAUAGAGGUGUUCUUGAGUUCAGCCGAUGAAGUGCGGGAAUACGGUGAGCGAAUGGAAGGUGGUGGGUUCAAAUCCUCGAGAGGGUACAGACCGACUCCAUAUGACAGGAAUGAUAGAUACGCUGGAAGAUUUGGUAGCAGGGGCCGUGGCUCAUUUGGAAGGGGCGGCGGUGGAGGCGCGUACCCGCGCGGCGGCGGGCGGCGCGGCAGCGCGUGCUACUGCGUGCACAUGCGCGGCCUGCCCUUCAAGGCGACGCCGCAGGAUAUUGCCUAUUUCUUCAAACCCAUCAGGCCGGUGAACAUUAACAUUUUAUAUGACAACAGCGGCAGGCCCUCUGGUGAAGCAGAUGUUGAAUUUGAAUGCCAUGAAGAUGCCAUGAGAGCAAUGAGAAGAGACAAAAACAACAUGGACCAUCGUUACAUAGAAUUGUUCCUCAACUCCUCUCCGGGAGGGUUCAAACCCAACAGGAGCUUCAGAAAUUAU